AUGCCUAGGCGUCAAAGGAAUAAGCACCGCAACCGUGCGAAGAAUAAGAAUCACAAUCAAGAGAAAAGCUGUUGUGAAGGAGACUAUUCUCAGGAUGACAAGGAAGCCUCCGAGGAUAGUGUAACAGUAGAAGAAGUGGCUCUUUGCUCUUCCUCCUCUGUGCUUGAGGAGAUUCCUGAGAAUCCAAUUGCUUCUGAAUCAAGUAGUGAUACUGAGUGGUCUACCUGUGUACCAUCGGCCGUCACUGUUUCUGAAGAUCGUAUAGCAUUUGAUGAAAGUAAUUACUGCCAUUGUGGAGGGAACACAUUUUACUCAGAAUCUCGAACCUGUCAUGAAAAUCCAUGCAAAAAUUGCCUAGAUAUGUGUGCGGUUUUAGUGGAACAAUGUGUUCUCUACACAUUUAAAAUGAAACAACCCAUUACCAGAGAUGAUUUGCUAAAUGUUAUUGACCCAAAAUAUCAAUAUAGAUUUGAUGAGAUAUUUAAGAGAGCUUUUGAGAACAUUGAAACUGUGUUUGCAGUUAAUGUGAUUGAAAUUGACUCAACUAAUCACUUUUAUGAUUUAGUCAGCAAGCUAAAACUUCCUAACAAGGGAAGGAUUAGUGCUGGCCGGGGUUUACCAAAAACUGGUCUUCUUAUGACUCUCCUGGCUAUGAUUUUUAUGAAAGGUAACUCUAUUACUGAGGAAGAGAUCUGGAAAUUCCUGAGAAUUAUGCAAGUGUUCCCAGGAAGGAAGCAUUUCAUCUAUAGAGAGCCACGGAAACUCAUCACUCAAGAUUUGGUGAAACUGAAGUACCUUGAAUACCGGCAGAUACCCAAUAGUGAUCCUCCACACUAUGAGUUUCUAUGGGGUCCACAAGCUUACACUGAAACUACCAAGAUGAAAGUCCUAGAAUUUAUGGCUAGAGGCAGUGACACUGAACCUACUACUUUCCCAGUACAAUACGCAGAAGCUUUAAGAGAAGAAAAUCAGAAGAUGAAGGAAAAAUCUGGAUUCACUCCUGGGACUAAAUCAGUGGCCAAGCCAAAACCAUCACCAUGUCCAGAGGGUGCUGACAACUCAGUAUAUUAUGAGUCUUUGCCUUCUGGCAAAAAACCAUGA